AUGUCUCUCAAGGGGCUCAAAUACAUUCUAGGCACAAACCGAGGGCCGCUACUUACCCCUGGAGAUGAGACUCAGGGGCUUGAAAAGGCAGGAGGCCUCUCCUUGGUCAAAACACCUACUCGCACACAAAGAAUCAGACGCCAUUGGAAACGGUUCUGGUGUGUAUACUGCCUGGCCAAUGUUAUUUUCCUCGCUAUCUUUCUCCCAAUUCUCUUCCUGGUUGUGAUUCCUGCGAUCGCGCAAUUGGUUGUCAACAAAUCAGAUCUAUAUCUUACAAAUGCCGUGGUCGACCAGCCAAAACCUGAUUCGAUUAUGCUUACCCUACAAACCAAAGUCGACUUGCAUCUUUUGAUCCCAAUUCGGAUUGACGACUUACCUUUGAGUCUUUUUGAUCGAGAAUAUGGGGUUGAUGAUGCCUAUGCGCAGUUCACUAUCCCCGGCCAGAAAAUCAAAGGCAAUCAUACCUUGGGAAUCUCGGAUCAAUUUACGAAGCUUGAAAACCUGACUGCAUGGGACUUGUUUGUCCAGCAAGUUGUCUUUGAAGAGGAAACCUCUCUUGCUGUCUCGGGCUCAACCAAUGCGUAUAUUGGAGUUCUCAAAUCGCACGUUCAUUUGAACAAAAACAUCAAAACACCAGGUCUUAACAAAUUCAGUGGCUUCUCUAUCUCCGACGCGACUGUCGUUCUUCCAGCCGAGUCAGACGGAACCAACCUCAUUGGCAACACAACCCUUCCGAACCCGACGGUCAUGCAUCUCGAAGUCGGCACCCUGACAUUAGAUGUCAAAGCCGGUAAUCUUACCAUUGGAAAUGCGACCGUGGAGGAUGUGACUCUCGUGCCCGGUGAUAAUGUUUUCCCCUUGAAAGGAACCCUAGACUUCAGCACCGUUAUCAAGAACCUCGCUGCUGUAAUCAAGUCAGAAGCGACUGCGAUCAAGGCCGGGAACCUGAGUAUCAACGCGAUAACAACUUCAGUUGUUUGGAACGGCACAGAGGUUCCCUAUUAUACCGACAUUCUUAGCCAGCUUACCCUCUCGGCCGAUAUUGGCAUCGGUGAUGUUUUGAAGAAUACGCUUGCAUAUCUCAAGUCUGAUGGGAAUAUCACCAGUACCUUGGCAAAUCUGACAAGUGAUUUGAACUUGAGUUCUCCUGAAACCCGUUCAACCAGCUCGCUGCGUGAAAGGGCUCCUGUGGAUCUGUCUCCGUCCAUGAAGCACAAUCAACAUAUACAGGAUAUAAUCCGGGAUAUUGAACCGGAUGAUCGAGAUUUGAUUGUUAAAUCAUUAGCUUCCCUCUAUCCUGAUGUUUGA